AAAUAAAUCCAUUAUAAAAAGUGAAUACAUAUCCCAUUAUUGUAUUAAAUAUUUACACCUAAAUUGAAUUAGCAUUUUUCAAAGUUUCUGUGUGAUUAAUGCUGAAAAUUCCAUUCGGUAUCAUAAGUACUGUUUUUGGAAUAAAGUGAACAUUACAAAAUGAAUAAGCGUUAUGUCACGAUGUGAAAAAGAAAAUUUAUUCAUUACUACCCACUUUCAUGAAGAGUUGAAUAAUCAUAUAUUUUAUACACUGAAUGGUCCAUAUACUGAGGCUAUCGUAAAGUUUGCUGCACAACUCAAUGGAUUCAAUAAUACACUACAGCAAUUCAUGUUUUUGGGUGGCGAUCGUUUCAAUGAACAAACAGGAAUAAUUGCAUCCAGCUUAUUGGAGAGGAUAUGCGGGCCAUAUCCUAGCUAUCUAUCACCAUUUGCGGAUACAUUUGAAGAUAUUGUCCACAGUUAUAUCUUACCUGUAUUAAUGGUUUUCGUAAUAAUUACAAAUUUCUUUGUUUGUCUCGUGUUAAGCCGACCACAAAUGAGAUCACCUGUCUUUCUACUGCUGUUGAUUAUUGGUAUUGUAGAGUUGACAAACAGUUUUUUGCCUUUACCAAUGUAUUCUGCUCAGAGUUUAUACAGACGAACUGCAUGGUGGACUAAUUUACCAAUAAAUAAUUUCACUGUUGCUGAAAAUGCAUUGAAGGAUACAAAUUGGCAACUAGCUCCAAGAAUGUAUUAUCAAACAAGCGAUAGUAUACUUGCAAGUGAAGCUUCAGCAUGGUCAACUGUAUUUCUUCCAACUAUAACGCAUACAAUAUCUGUAUGGUUAACUGUUACUCUGGCUUUAAAGCGUGUCAUUUAUUUAUUUAUUCAUGAUUUAGCAUUGAAACUUUGUACUUUGACUUCGACAGGAAUGACGUUUUUAGUAGUCACCUGUUUUGCAUGUGUUUUACAUUGGCCUUUAUUAAGUUCAAGAUUUAUCUUAUUUCGACCAAUCCAGCUGAGGUCAUCAUUUCACCUUCGUAACUCUAGUAGGAUACAUUUGAAUAAUUACGCGACUGAAAUGCAAAUUCCUACACGUUGUCUAUCUGAUGUGUUAAAAUAUAUACCUGGUAUUGUAAUGAAAUGCCAUUUGACGCAACCAUUUUACAUGUUAUUAUAUUUUUACACAAGAAUUGUACUCAUCCAUAUACUACCAUGUGGAUUACUUAUCAUACUGACAAUUAUUCUUCUCAUGAAAAUGCGCAGUAUAAUGAAGUUGAGAACACGUCUUGGUUUGAUCCACAAAAAAUAUCCUUCGAAUACUGACCGUGCUAAGCCUGUAACCUUUUGUUGUUUAUCUGAACCACGUCGUCUAUCGAAAGAUUUUACCAACCAAGUGGGUGGUAGUCUCACAGCUAAAAAUGUUAACAACACUGAAAGCAUACAGAUAUCUGGUCACAAAACAUCAGCUGUCAAUCCACAAGCUAUAUCUCGUAUGCUUGUUGUUGUUUUAGUCAAAUUCAUAGCCAUGCACUUGCCAAACGCUUUUCUUCUAACAAUUUAUGUUGUUAAAAGCAUGUACAAAGUGGAUCAUGCGGUACAAAACAGCACAAAUAUAACAAGAACAACAACGGAAAUGGCAUCAACCGAACUGCUGACAGAAGUUGAGAGUGGAUUCUUCACUCCUUCGUUAGUUCAUAAUUACACAGUUAACGCCUCUAACUAUGUCGAAUAUGCAUCGAAUAGUCUGGAAAGUAGUAGCAGGACAUCGAAUUCACUGUCUGAGAAUAAUGAUCUUUUUGGUAAUUAUCUAGGCAAAGCAGUUAUUUUGUGUAAUCUAGUAAUACUUGUAUCAUAUCAAUUAAAUUUUUUCAUUUACUACGCUAUGUCAACUCAAUUUAAAGAGACAUUUCACAGUCUGUGCUUUGGCAAACUGUUUAAAUUUUGUAAGAUAUGAUGUGUUUUUCCAUACAGCUUUACGAGAUUCUACAAAAUACAUAUCAAAAAUUACAACAGAAUAUCUCACUGCUGCUUUUAUUGAGUGUAUGACUUUAUAUUAAAUGAUCUAUGUGGAUCGCGAAAAUUAAAGUAUUCCUUUACCUCGCUAAGCCAGUGUUAAGACUGGUAAAGAGGGGGAGGUUCGGCAUGAGGCUAGCAACCUCAUACCGUAACAAUUAACACUAGUACUACCGAAACUUCAACAUUUAGCUUGAAGCCCUAAGUUCGUCUGGAAACGUAAAGGAAUAAAACAAAAUGCUAUGAGCUGUUUGUAAUUAUUACUGCUACUAUUCCACACCCAUAUGGACAUUACAGAUAAGAGAAUACGAAAUUCAGCAAAGAUAUCUUUUCGGUAAUUUCAUUCUCAAAAGCUGUACAAUUGUAUUUAUAUAGAUUAUUUUACAUGGAUACAAUUAUUAUUUGUUUAAUUCCAUAUAGUAACGAAGGUGAUAAUAAUUUUGAACUUGAUAUGAAAGUUUGAAGGUAAGAAUAUCGAUUACAAGGGGCUUAGAGAGCUCGUUUUCAGCUCAAAGGUAUCCAACCAUAGAAAUGCAUUAGAGGAGCUCUCAUCAGCGCACUGUCUCAUCGCAUUAGAAAAGUCUGCAGCAGCGAUUACAUGGAAAAGGAGCUCCUAUUCCUCAAAAAUAUCGUGGCUCAAAAUGGCUACCCGACACGUUUUGUCGAAAAGAACAUGAAAUCUAAACCAAAAACAGAAGAAUGCGUUUUAGCGUCAAACAAAACGCUGUAUCUAAAUCUGAAUUUCAAGGGAGAUUUGGCAGCUGAUAUCCUGAAGAGGAGAAUAUCCAGCUCUUUAAGGAAGACCUUCCUUGCAGCAACACUAAGAGUGACAUUCUCUAGCCGUCCAAUACUUCGAAACAACAGAAAGGACAAACUCUCGCAUAUGACCAAUUCAAUGUGCAUAUACGAGUUCACCUGCUCGCUCGGAGCUAGGUACAUAGGUCAUUGUAUGCGCGUUCUUUCAAAACGUGUUCGAGAACAUUACCCAGCGUGGCUGCAAAGAGGAGGCACCGGUUCAAUCAGAAGUGCCAUUAUUGAACAUCUGAUCAACACCUCCCACAAAAUCGCAACUGAUUCUUUCAAAGUGAUUUACAAAGUUAACAGAAACCUACCCAGAGCAGUAUGUUUCCGACUUCUUUGUACUGCAGAAGCCCACGUAAUAUGCACCGAGAAGCCGGAGUUGCGGGUUAAAAAGAAAUUAGUCCAACCUCUACAACUACCAUGGACCUAGCUUGGUAUGUUCCCUUUACUUCCGUUUUUUUCUCUUCUUCGUCUUUUUUCGUCCUCGCUUUUCUUUUUGAGCGUUUUUUUCGUUCGUUGUGUGUCUGAUCCUUAGUCCCUGAGUCUUCAUUCGAUUCACUUAAUUUUUUCAGUUAUAAAGACAGUUAUUUUAAGUUUGUUUCCAUGCUUUUCCUGUUCACAUUUAUAAUUGAGAGAUUUCAGUAUCACUUCAGUGACCAGUUUUUUAUAUCAGGCUACUGAACUGUCAGAAUGAAAGAUAUACAAAGCUGAACAUAUAUUAAUAAUUGGAAUUAUUCUCCAGUCAUAUGGGAAUGAAAUGAAUUGCAUUAAAUUACCAACUGCAUAUACGUUUUUAAAAAGUAUACAUGAACAAUAUCUGCGUCAGCCAAAUCAAGUUUCUUAUACGGUUGACAGUAAUAACUGCUAGGUGAAUAGACAAAGAGAAGCCCACUGGUGAAGUGUACUUUUGUAUUUUAACAAGCGGAUAGAGAGCAGAAGAUUGUUAUUGGUACCAUAGAAGACUAUUCAUACUGAAAGUUUUUCGAUUUGUAAAACAUUUAUUCACUUUAUCUGCAAUAAAAUAUUUUAUCACUAUUUCAUAAAAUGCAGACAUCUUUUGAAGUCGAAUGAACUGAGUAUAGUUACCAAAAGUUAUUUUCUUUCAAUGUGUAAGAGCAAUCUGGUUGAUCCAGAGGGGAAAU